ACCUAAGGGAAAAUGCUUUGAUCUUUUAUCAAAUUCUCUCAACGUAUUCUUUAUGGAAUCGUGUAGAGAUCAGUUUACAGAAUUUGUAUUUGGAUAUUGGGGCUUACAGUCAAACCAGGCCAAGCGUUCCCGUCGCUAACGUCCCGUCCUAAACUGUUUCGCCUGCCCGCCAUUUUUUCAACUGGAGAGCGAGAGGAGCGUGGUGUCCAUAUAUGGCAAGGCUUUUGUUUAUUAGUUCAAUCAACAUUCGAUUAUUGAAUCGAGGCUCGAUUUGAAUAUUGCAUUAUUCAUUUCGUGAAUAAACUACGGAACCAACGAACGGAAACAAUUUGCUAUUAAUGAAUUUAUUAGUUCGUUAGCGACGGGAACGCUUGGCCUGGUUUGACUGUAAAGGGUUAAAAAAACUGGAACACCUUUUCUUCUGGUGCUUAGCUUUGUAGUCAAGCGUACAUGCUAGGAGGGAUUGUUUGAAUUUUUGACAUGAAGAAACGGUGUGAAAUUUAUAUUUGGACACGAACUUUUAAAAAUUGGUUAUAUGCAAGACGUAAAGUAUGUAUUUAUAGUGCAGAAAGAGAGAAGUUUCAGAUUCAACUGAACUCUACAUAUUAACUGCCCUUCUUAGAUUUUCAGCGUUGGUUAGAAGACAAGAUAAUGGCGACCGGAGGUUGGGUGGCAGAUCUUGACAAGAAAGAACACAAAAACUGGGUUUUGGUUGGAUGCGCUCUGAACAUUGCCAAAAAUGGAAUUUCACCAAAAAUGCAAAAGGAAAUGGAAGCCUGGUACCGAAACCUCAUUUCAAGCCCUCCGCUCCAAUCUCUUUCACCAUGCACUUGUCCGUCUCGUGCUGCCAAAUGUACUUCUUGUACUACAUGGGAAGCGGAAUUGUCACGUCAUCACAUGGCACCACGACCAAAGAUAUGCUGGAACAAUAGUGACAAAAAUCAAUGGGGAUCUCCGGCUGGGGCGUGGGAAAUAGCUAAACUCUUCAUGCCAACUCUUGGAACCAGGAAAAUGGAUGUUCUCGACGCUGAAACAACGGACAUUGGUGGUCUCCUAAACUUAAUGGAAUGGUGUCCUUUUCUCACUCCCCCAGUAAAUAAAACAGUUCUAUGUAGAGCGAGAGAUGAGUGUAGGAAUCAUUGGGCGCAUUCUCCAAAGCAAGAGAUUCAAGAUGUCGAUGUGCCGACCAUAUUUUCGCAUCUGAAUAAUUUGUUGAGUGACCCAGUGUUUAAUGCGGACAAAAAGGCCCAAAAGGCUUCGCAACACUUGCAAGACCUAUUCCAUCAAGGUCUGGUCAAUGUCAGAGAUUCUGAAAUGGAGGCUCUUCAUUUGUUACGUCAGUCACUUGCAUCAGAUCUGACAAAAUGCCAAGAUGAUUUAACUGAUGUUCAGACGAAAGUUGCUCAAGUGGAUGCUGAGACUAAGAAAUUGUACAUGGCAGCCCACAAAGAUUUGUCUGACGUAGAAGAAAUAGCGGGUGUGAACAAAGACGACAUUGGUACGUUAAAAGCACAAGUGGAGAAACUUAGAGUCGAUAUUCAGAGCGACUUAUCUGAAGUGAAAGAACAAGGUGACCUGAACAAUGAGGACUUAGGCAAGUUACGGGAGGAGCUGGAAACGCAGUUGAGAGAUGCAGAGGCCUACCUCUCCACUGAGAUAUCCACAGUACUCCGCAGUGUUGAUGAUUUCAACACUGUACUGAAUCAAAGAGACGACCUUCAAGAAGACCUAAAUGUUCUCCAUGAUGACGUGGAAGUAGUAAGAAAUAGAAUGGUCAACGUUGCUUCUGACCUGAAUUUGAUACAGUCCAAAGUAUUAAACUUUGAAACUAACCUCGCAAUUGUAAAAAGUGCAGUGCAAAAGGUAACCAUCAAGAUGAAUACAACCGAAACCAAGAUUUCUGGCUUACAGAAGGAUUUCAUGGAUGUAAAGGAAGUGGUGGAUAGCUUGAAAGAAAACGGUUUUCAAGCAGAGACGGGCGAUGAUGAGGACAUAUUUUGCACCGCACCAAGUAGGUUACCUUCAUUUACUGGGCGCACAACAGCUCUGAGUUGGCUUGAAAAGAAUCUUGUUCUGGAGAGUGGUGUUCAAAAUGGUGCAGAAACUUCCUGUUGUACAAAAACGAUAUGCGGGCUUGGCGGCUGUGGCAAGACGUCGCUGGCCGUAGAAUUCGCGUGGAUUAACAAAAGUCGAUUCCCAGGAGGCGUGUUCUGGAUCAACGGUGAAAGCGAUGAUAAUAUACAUAAAUCAGUUGCUGAGAUUCUUGCUCUUAAGAAUAUUUUCACUCCAAAGAGCGCCAAUAUGGAUGAAACAUUGACCCGUUUCCUUACGUGGUUGUCGAAUAAGGAGCUCCCAUGGCUUCUUGUUGUAGACAAUGUAGAUGAGUUACAAGACCCAACGUGCCCAACAGGUGUUAAGAAGAUAUGCAAAGGACCUUGGCAAAGAAAUAGUAAAUCACCUAAGCGAGGCCACAUACUACUCACAACCAGACAAAAUGCCAGAGAUGCAAGAGCUUUCUUGAAGAACUCGUGUGAAGAUUAUUUAGAACUGCAGUGUUUCAGUGAGGAGGAAGGCGUGAUGUUUCUAAUGAAUAGAAAAGGUCUUGAAGGAAAAUCACCUGAACCAGACGCGGUUGCCCUGACGAAAGAGCUUGGAGCAUUACCACUAGCCCUCGAGCAGGCGGCAGCAUACAUAACUGCCAGUCCCAUUCCGUUGAGUUUUGCAGAUUACUUUAAAAAGUACCGAGAGGUCAAGUUGCGUCUGUUAAAGCAACAGCCUGCUAUAGCGCUCAGUAUGGAGGCUCAGCAUCGGUUAUCAGUUCAUACUACUUGGGAGAUGAACUUUGCAUAUGUCAGAGAACAAUCGCCAGCUGCUGCCAGCAUGAUGCGCAUUGCGGCCUUCCUGGAAUCAGAGAAUGUUCCUUUUGCGGUCAUCAAUCCAGGUUUGCCUGAAUUAGAUCAGGACGAAUUGAAAGAAAAAGCUUCUUGCAAUAUUGAAAUUGCAAUGCUCCUGAGGAUACUGUCAAGUUACUCCCUCUUCUCAAUCAGCAGCCAAAACAAAGUAUUUCAUGUCCAUAAACUUAUCCAGGAAGUGGUCAAAGAGAGUCUUACUGCAGAGCAGAAGAUAAAGGCAUUGGUGGCGGCCUCCCGACUUCUUAAUUUUGCGCUAUGUCAUUGUUCUGAAGCUUCCAAAUCUGGAUCCGGCGCAGGUUAUCUAUCAGAACUGAAAGAUGAAGAGAGAAGAAUUGCAAAUGCCCUUCUUAUAAAUGUUCGCAAACUUAAGAAUCAUAUUCAAGAUGAAAUUGAUUCACACGAAAAGGAAUUUGCUCCUUUUCUUUGUAACGAUAAUAGUAUCAUCAAUUUGUUCCAGUUUGUUGGCAUUUUAAUUGAAAAUGAUGUAUUCUUCUUUACCCUACGAAAGGAAUUAUGGGAUGUUAUUUUGAAAGUUCACAAAGUGAGAGAUUCUUCGGAUCCAAAUCAAAUUCUUACCAUGAGAACUUCUGCAGCUAUUAGUAAAAGGAAUGUUCCCGGGCGUGAGAACUACGAUGAAGCAAAAAGAUUGGCUCAAAAAACUGUGCAGAAGAUGGCUGAGUUUGAAAAGUCUGGUUUUGUGAUUAAAGACGAUAUCAAGUAUCGUGUCCUUGAGCACAUGGCAUCCUACUACGCAUCAGAAGGGAAAUGGAAGGAAAACUAUAAAGCUUUGUUAGAGCUCGAAGGCUUGUCGUUGAGUGACGAGAAAGUUGUAAAUCUCCAGAUCCUGAUAGGAAGGGCAGAGAAUUUCGUAUCUGCUGGUAAUUUUGAAUGCGUUUUAAAACGUCAUCUGAGGGCCCUUGAACUUGCCCGUAAGAUCUAUCCUUCUGACCACCGUGAACUGCUUCGUGUCUUACAAUUUGUAGCUAUGCAUUUUUAUAACGACGACAAGCUGCAAGAGGCUCGAAUAUAUGCAGAAGAAAUGCUGCAAAUUGCAAAGAAACAACCCCCA